AUGGGGGAUCAGGAGAGCGCAGAUCAGGACAACCCAGACUUUACCGCAGGGCCGUUCGUAGCUCGCAGAAAUCCUACGGGGGAGAUCGAGUCACUGUUAGACUCACUGUAUCUUCAUGAUGGAGACGUCAGUCUGAAUGGAGAUGACAGAAUAGCACGGGCUCAAUCACAGGACAGAGUUAAUGAGGAAAAUUCCGACCAUACUAGUCAGAAUGGGGAGGAGGCUUUGGGAGCUCUUGGGAGAGGGCUGUUGGAGCCCCUCACUCCUGUAGUGGUGCAGAGGGAGAAUAGAGUGGACAUUUCCCAGACUGACUGGGACAGUAUGCAGAACAGAAUGAGGGUUUUGGAAUGUCACCUAGGAGCUCUGGAGACAACUCACAGAGAGUCUGUGUCUAGUUCUCUCAACAGAGAAACAUCCUUUAGGGAGAGUGUUGAAAGGGCUUUGGCAAAAAUGGAACAGGAAUUCCAGGACAAGAUAGAGGUGUUAGAGAAGAACAUGGUUAGCUGUUUAAAGAGGAGGGAUGAGAAGUGGCAAAGAGAGAUUAGUACUUUGCGUCCCACUAGUACCCCUAUUAAUCAGAGAACCAUUGCUGUAUCCACUGACAUGGGUGGUCCCCCUCCCCUUAAUGCCACCUUUAGUAUGCCUGGUGUAUCCCCGUUCUACUUCAAGCCUCCAGUCCGUUUGGAUUUCCCCACAUUUGGACCUAGUUGUGAAACCGCGGACGUGUUAAGUUUUGUGGAACAAGUGGAGAACUUUUUGGAGUUACGCCCACUCUCGGUACCAGAACUGAUGGGGACAUUAUCCUCCGUGUUGAGGGGACCCGCGCUAAGCUGGUGGAAAGCUGCAAAAGGCCAGGUGCUUGAUUGGAGUAUGUUUAAAGAGACAUUUUUGAACGCAUUCCUUCCCACGGACUAUAUGGCGGAAGUGGAGGAAAAGCUGAGGGAGCUGGUGCAGCAGCCCGACCAACGUCUGCGGGAUUUUGCUUAUGAUUACCAGGCCCUGUGUCUCAAAUGGAAACCGGAUAUGUCCGAGGAAGAAAUCGUGAGACGCAUACUUAACAACACAAAUCCAAAAGUAGCGGGGUGUUUGAGAGGAACUGUCCAUACGGUCACAGACCUGGUGAAAGUGGGGUCCAUGGUGGAGAAAGACUGUGGUAGCGCUAAAGGCUAUUGGCAGAAAGUGCAUGCCUCCACCGAGGGAACUGGGAAAAGGGCCCUAGAAAAAAGAGGUGGGAAUAAAUUCAAUGCAGUUGUCACCCAACCUCCACCGCCCCAAAUGCCGAGAGCCGAGCUGCUGUUGGUUCCUCUUACCAUAUGCCAUGUCCAGGGAGUAGCUGUGGUGGAUACUGGAAGUACCUACACGCUCAUGCGAGAGAGUCUAUGGAGGAACCUCCAUGGCACCUCAAGAGACUUGAUUCCAUCAGAGGACCAGAGGUUUGUCAUGGCGGAUGGAACCACGCAUGUUGCCCUGGGAAAACAACGCUUCGGACUGGACUGGCAUGGUCGAAAGCUGAGUGUCGAGGCGCAUGUUAUGGACGACAGACAUCUCGCUUUUCCCAUGAUAAUCGGACUGGAUUUUCUGACUGAUGCUGGGGUCAUCCUAGACCUGGCUAAACGCCCCAAUGAACUUUCUCAACUCAUUAAUGCCAGACCCACAGUGACUUCCAGUGUGCUCGGCAAGACCACAGUGGAAAAGCACACAAUUUACACCCAGGAUGAGGUGCCAGUUAAAUCGCGAGCUUACAGGGUAUCUCCCCUCAAAAAGAGAAUAAUUGAAGAGCAUGUCGAAAAAAUGCUGGACGAGGACAUCAUAGAGCCGUCUCAGUCCUCUUGGUCCUCACCCGUGGUCAUGGUCGAUCGUCCUGAUGGCCGGGAGCGAUUCUGUAUAGACUUUCGCAAAGUUAAUGCUAAAAUUCUCCCAGACGCUUACCCCAUGCCAAUCAUCCAUGAGAUCCUCGAGUCACUAGAGGUGUUGUGGUCAUGUGACCUGUCUCAGUCAGUGUUGUGGUCAUGUGACCUGUCUCAGUCAGUGUUGUGGUCAUGUGACCUGUCUCAGUCAGUGUUGUGGUCAUGUGACCUGUCUCAGUCAGUGUUGUGGUCAUGUGACCUGUCUCAGUCAGUGUUGUGGUCAUGUGACCUGUCUCAUCAGUGUUGUGGUCAUGUGACCUGUCUGUCAGUGUUGUGGUCAUGUGACCUGUCUCAGUCAGUGUUGUGGUCAUGUGACCUGUCUCAGUCAGUGUUGUGGUCAUGUGACCUGUCUCAGUGUUGUGGUCAUGUGACCUGUCUCAGUCAGUGUUGUGGUCAUGUGACCUGUCUCAUGUUGUGGUCAUGUGACCUGUCUCAGUCAGUGUUGUGGUCAUGUGACCUGUCUCAGUCAGUGUUGUGGUCAUGUGACCUGUCUCAGUCAGUGUUGUGGUCAUGUGACCUGUCUCAGUCAGUGUUGUGGUCAUGUGACCUGUCUUUAGUGUUGUGGUCAUGUGACCUGUCUCAGUCAGUGUUGUGGUCAUGUGACCUGUCUCAGUCAGUGUUGUGGUCAUGUGACCUGUCUCAGUCAGUGUUGUGGUCAUGUGACCUGUCUCAGUCAGUGUUGUGGUCAUGUGACCUGUCUCAGUCAGUGUUGUGGUCAUGUGACCUGUCUCAGUCAGUGUUGUGGUCAUGUGACCUGUCUCAGUCAGUGUUGUGGUCAUGUGACCUGUCUCAGUCAGUGUUGUGGUCAUGUGACCUGUCUGUCGGUUGUGGUCAUGUGACCUGUCUGUCUGUUGUGGUCAUGUGA